AUUUCUCUACAUUUAAGACGCAGGAAGUUGUUCCUCUCCUCAUGGGUCAAGGGAUCGCUUCCCCUUUUGCCUCCAACUGGACCAAGUCUCAGACUGGGUUGAAAAUGAGACCCGGCAGGGGUCGCUGCUGCCCGUAAAGAGAAACCGAGGGAGCGUGGCAAGCGAAGCCCAGAAUCUUUGACAUCACACUAGGCUCCUCCUUGCAUGCACACAUUAGAUACACACACAAACAUAUACAGACACACACACGCACAGACCGCGUAGUCUUCUCUGCCCGCUUGCUCCGGCUACCCCGAGCCGGGCCCUCCCGCGGCAAGUGUGUGGCGGGCGCAGCCGGCGGCGCGGCGAGGACCCGAGCGCCCGCAGCCGGAGGGAACCGGGGCGCAGCAGUGGCGGCCGCCGCGCCCGCAGCCGGAGCCGCUCGCCCGAGCGCUCGGCGACGGUGGCCCGGACACCUCAGCAGCACUCCGGGCUUCGAGCAGCCGCGCCCGCCCCCGCCGGGGCUGCAGGGCGCCCGGACGCCACCCCGCAAGCUCCCGGGCCCCCUGCCACCCCUAUGAGAGAAGGAGAAGCCCGGCGAAGGAGCAGGACGCUUGGCCUCUGGACUCCGCCGCAAUCCCGAAGCGCCCCCUCCGCCCGCACCCCUCCGGCGCCCGCGAAGCGAGAUGCAACUGCCGCGCUCCGGCUGAGAGGGAAGGGGGCCGGCGCCAUCCGCUCGCUCGGAAUCCGGUCCCCGCGGCGGCUGCGCGUCCCGGCCGCGUCCCCUUGGGCCCGGGAGUGAGCAGGAGCAGAAGGAGGAGGAGAGGCGGCCGGCCCGGGGUUGGCCGGGGCUGGGGAGGAGGGACGGCGCGGGGGGAGCGCGCGGGGGGCGGGGAGGGGGCCCCGGCGGAGAAAGAUGGCAAUGUCUCUCAUCCAAGCGUGCCGCAGCCUGGCUCUCUCAACAUGGCUGCUUUCCUUUUGUUUCGUGCAUCUGCUCUGCCUGGACUUCACAGUGGCCGAGAAGGAGGAAUGGUACACCGCCUUCGUGAACAUCACCUACGCCGAGCCCGCGCCGGACCCCGGGGCCGGGGCGGCGGGCGGCGGCGGCGGCGGCGGCGGCACCACAGCCGAGCUGCACACGGAGAAGACCGAGUGCGGGCGCUACGGGGAGCACUCGCCCAAGCAGGACGCCCGCGGGGAGGUGGUCAUGGCCAGCUCGGCCCACGACCGCCUGGCCUGCGACCCCAACACCAAGUUCGCCGCCCCAGCCCACGGCAAGAACUGGAUAGCCCUCAUCCCCAAGGGCAACUGCACGUACAGAGAUAAGAUCCGGAACGCGUUCCUGCAGAACGCCUCCGCCGUGGUCAUCUUCAACGUGGGCUCCAACACCAACGAGACCAUCACCAUGCCCCACGCAGGUGUAGAAGACAUCGUGGCAAUCAUGAUUCCUGAGCCCAAAGGGAAGGAGAUAGUAAGCCUGCUGGAACGAAACAUCACCGUGACGAUGUACAUCACCAUCGGAACCAGGAACCUGCAGAAAUACGUCAGCCGCACCUCCGUCGUGUUCGUCUCCAUCUCCUUCAUCGUCCUGAUGAUCAUUUCCCUCGCGUGGCUGGUCUUCUAUUAUAUCCAGAGGUUUCGAUAUGCAAAUGCCAGGGACAGGAACCAGCGCCGGCUGGGAGAUGCAGCAAAAAAAGCCAUCAGCAAGCUCCAGGUCAGGACCAUCAAGAAGGGCGACAAGGAAACAGAGCCUGAUUUUGACAACUGUGCAGUUUGUAUCGAGGGGUACAAGCCCAACGACGUUGUCCGGAUCUUGCCCUGCCGGCAUCUUUUCCACAAGUCCUGUGUUGACCCCUGGCUCCUAGACCAUCGCACCUGUCCCAUGUGCAAGAUGAACAUUCUUAAAGCCCUAGGGAUCCCGCCCAAUGCCGACUGCCUGGACGACUUGCCCACCGACUUCGAGGGAUCUCUGGGAGGUCCGCCAACCAACCAGAUCACAGGCGCAAGCGACACGACCGUAAACGAAAGUUCGGUCACUUUGGACCCUGCUGUCCGGACUGUGGGAGCCUUGCAGGUGGUCCAGGAUACAGAUGCCACCCCGCAGGAGGGAGAAAUCAUCUUUACUACCAACAGUGAGCAGGAGGCAGCGGUAAGCAGUGAUUCUGACAUCUCACUGAUUAUGGCGAUGGAGGUUGGACUUUCUGAUGUAGAACUUUCCACUGACCAAGACUGCGAGGAGGUGAAAUCCUGAAAUGGCAGAUCUGGAAGAAAGGGAUGGUGGGACCCCAGGGGAAGGAAGGGAGAAGCGCCCCAAAGUUGGACGAGGCACACGCACCUCCAGAGCACUUUGACAACUCCAGGGCGCUCCACUCAAGAAAGGUACCGAAAAGCAAUAUCCAAAGUCACGUUCAUCAGGAUGCAGUUUCUCCAUCUCCUCAACAGCCCAUGGCCUUGGCACCUUGGAAGCUGAAAGCUGAUUUUCUCUCCCAUGUCUUGUAGACACACACUUUGGAAGUUCCUAAAACAGACUGAAGGGACACUUUUAGGGCUUCUUAGUUUCAUUUCAGUUUUUUUUUUCCAGAUCUUGUUUUCCUAUUUGGGGAAUGUUGUUGAUUUCUUGGUAGUUUCUUUUUAAGGUCUGUGUGUAGUUUACUUUAUGUCCACUCCUUUGUUCUCCCUUUGAUUCACUCCAGCUUUUGUACAGAGUUCUGUUUGGAAGCACCAGCCCCAUUUGUGUUCCAUCUCUGAGAUUAACGGCCUUGACCUCUCAGCAUGAAGUGUGCAUGGCUUUGGGAAGUGCCUCGGCACCCUGAAAGAGUCUAAGGCCAGCUUUCGUUUAGAAUCUAAAUUCUUUCACAUGGAUCUUGAAAAUCCCAGCUGCCAGAGACCCCCAACACCAAGCUCUGAAUCUGCUGAGGCCACUCCUCGUUUUUUUUUUUUUUUUCAGCUCCUUCUUGCUGGCUUCCACUUGCCAGGUUCAGUUAGGGACCCACGUGACGUGAGAAGGCAGUUCUAGGGGGCAUUUCAAUUCAUCUGAGCCUUACAGUCUUUGGCUGAAAUUCUGAACUCACAAGGCCCCUCCAGGGCAUUAGCACCUUUCUUUGUGACUGUACGGCUUGUCGGUUGCUGGGACUGCAAACCCGGUUUUAAAACCAGAUACCACACGCUCUUCCUGAAAGCAAAGGAUCUGUUGCACUGGUUUCCCCAAGGCUACUACAGUCUUCUUUUGUUACCUCCACGAGUGGGUUCUGCAGGAGAUGGAAGUUUUAGAAAAGAUCCAGUCAUCUUUGGAUCCAACAGAGCAGGGGCUGCAGCAGCACUCAGGUCUUCCCUUCAUUCCAGCACACUUCUGGUAAACCUCACCAGACCUUGAAGGAUUUAGGUAAAUCCUUAGGAGGUUGCUUCCCGGGGCACCCCUGAGUGCGUCUGGAUACCAAGUUAGGGGGAGGUGUGAUUUGAUAAACGAUUUGAUCUAAAAAGUUCAGCACAGGAAUUGUUGAAGUCAAGUUUCUCCUGAUUGAGAGAGAGAAAGUCAGAAGGAAAGGAAAGGGGGCAUCAAAGGAAUUCUAAAACCCAUGGGUGUUUUUAAACUGUUUAUGUUGUUAUUCUUUUUUUGUAACUAUGACAGAGAUGUGCUAUUUUUUCAGUGGGAAAUUUUGUAAUACAUUUAGACUCUCCAGAUGCAGAGAUGACUAAGGCAGGGUGACUCGUUUCUCUGGACCAUCAGAGGGGUCACCUCGUCAUCUGUGAAAAGCCAUGCCGCUGUGUGGGUUCCCUAGGAAAGAAAGCUUCUCUCGCCGAGGUAUUUACGUAUUUGAGGAGGCCCUUCCACCUCGCUACACUCAUACUCAUCUAAAAACAGAGUUUGGUUCUGCUGGAAAAACCCCGCUGCCUGCAGAAACAUUUCCGUGUACAUCACGGGAACCCACUGGUGGCUCUUUUACCACCAGCUUUAACGAGUUCCUAUUUGAUGCUUUCUAAGUAGGCAGCAAGGCAAGGAAAAUGAUUAUCACCUUCAGAAAUGUCACAUCUCGCUAGGAGUCCAAUACUUCCUGUAAUGAAAUCCAGGAUCUACAGCCAGGGAGGAAGGAAGACAGCACCGAAUCUGGAGUCAGGAGGGCUAGACUUCUCCAUCUGCAAAGCGAGGGAGUUUAACAAGAUUAUGCCCAAGGCUCUUUCUGGUCUUAGGACCACUAAUGAGCAUGUUGCCAGGAGGAUCUGUUUUGUGCUGAUGGUGAUGACAUAUAGCAGACUUUCUACCUUGGGGAGGCAGAGUUUCUUGACAUGUAACAGAAACAAACAGCCUUUGAGAUCUGGCACUCCUGUGUUGCUGAGAAGGACUGUCCAAAUGACUGGCGUUUUAAGUCCAAGUAGGAGUCGUUUGGUUUUGCCUUGGCUUAAAACCCCACGUAGUCACAGAGUUUGCCAUCUCUGGAUACCUUCAAAUCCUAGUUCUCAGGGUGGAAUUCUUCAUCUCAAAAUACUUCUUUUUCUCGGUCAGCAAAGGCCUGCACCACCUACCCCGCCUUCAGUAGCUUUGCCCAAAACAAAAGUUGGUAUUAACUUAAGUCAAGUGGAAUUAGAAGAAGAAAUCAACAGUAAAAGACAUGUGGUAUUCUAUGCCCAAAGAGAAAAUGCCUUUUGGAUUGAUGGGUGUCAGCUCCUCCUGCCGGGGACCAGGUGAAGCAGGAGUUGGCUGUGUAUGUGCUGUGGCUGCGGCAGCCCCUGUAGGAUGCUGCGUAGAUGAUGAGAGACCCAGGAGGCCGAUCUGAGGCCUGUGGGCCUGACCCCAAGGAGGUGCUGCUGCAAACUCCCUGAGCCUAGAAGCUUCUCCUUUAACGAAAGUUUGUUUCUGAAGAGUUUUCCUGUGGUUUUGGUAGUUUAAAAAUAAAAUGUUAAUUGGUAUGGAAGGGUUCCAAAAAAAAAAAAAAGGAAACAGCCCUUUCCCCACAGCCUUCUUCAGCACCUUCCCCCAAAGAAGAAACUCUGCCCUGGGGCCCUGCAGCUCCCAGACAGUGCGGGAACCCCCUCAAAGAAUGUGCAGAUUUGAUGUGUAUUUCCCCGUAGUGUCUAGACCAGCCCAGUCCAAUAGAAAUAGAGUGCAAGUCACAUAUCCAAGUUUAAACUUUCUGCUGGCCACACUGCAAAAAGCGAGCCGAAACAGGUAAAAGCAAUUUUAAUAAUACAUGUAUUUAACCCAAUAUUAUUAUUGUUUCCACAUGUUAUGAAUUACUUGACAUUCUUUUUUUGUGCUACGUCAUCUAGAUGCAACAGGUGUCUUACACUCACACACAUCUCUGUUUGGACUUGCAAUUUCUCCAACAGUUCAUAGCUACGUGUGGCUCAUGGCUCCCUACUGGACAGUGUGGGGCUGGAGCCGCUCCAGGAUUCUCGCAAGGUUCCCUGACACUUACAGGGAAAAAAGGUUAAAACUGAAUUACCUCCAGAGACAACUGGACUCCACCCCAGUGGCCUAAUGAGAGGCCCCCAGGUCCAUUUCUUUGAUAAUGAAUAAGCACUCCGGCCACCCUUUUUCAAAUUUUUUGCUUGAACUUUCUAACUGCAAGACCAUGACCAUUUACUGUUGCUUCCUUGACUGGUUGUUUUUUUUUAAAAAACACACAUGCCAUAUUGAUUUGGUACUGAGACAAAAUUAUAUCCCUCCCUUCUCUGACAAACCGUUAGGCUGAUGUGUGGCACUCAGAAGCCAAAGAGAAUUCUUCCAGACUCUAGUGAUCCAACUUGACCCCCGCUCCCCGUCGGCCUUCUUCCUGAUUGGCAGAAGGUCUCCCAGUCCCAGUGCCCCCUAGCGCCACACCUGUAGCUAAAAUGCCCGGAUUUGGGAGGGAAAAGUGGGAAGGUACAUCUCCACUCCAAAUACAAGACUUUGUGCAGACUUACUGAGAAGCCUUUGGGGCUUGUGACUGUCGGGCCUCUAGUUGGUGAAUUGUGACCACCUGCAACUCAGACGCCAGCUCUCAGUUGGGAACGGGGCAUCUUGCUGUCACCCCCAGGCUGUGGUCAAGAGAAGGAGCAUUUCCAUUUCCUCCACAAUAAUUUAGUCACCUCUGGGAAUCACUACCUCCUGUGUGGCUGGUCCCUUUGGGAAGAACUGAGCCCUGAUCAUGAAUAAAGCAUCUAAAUAUUGAUCUCGUCUCCAGGGUUUGGAGACCUGCCACCCCUAGAAUGUCAGCUCCGUCAUCCAGGCAGGGAGAGAUGGAGAGUUUGGAGAAGGUGGAAAAUUAAAAGGAGCAAAGGCAUCUGCCUUUUCUGACAUCACACAGUCAUGCUCGUGACCAUGGAGGCAGAUCUCUGUCCAAAGAGGCUUUUUUGUUUGUUUGUUUUGCUUUGAGCACUUCCCUCAUUCUGAUGGAAACAUCCUGGAUGUUCAUGCGUCUGGAUUUGGUCACCCAAGUACCCAGUGGUACCUUCAGUCAGUGCUUGACGUCCCUGCAGCUGCCACACAUUCAGAACCAAAAAUGACGACAGAGAGCCUCACAUGGGACUCUUUUAGUCCCCAUCGUGUUCAUCAUAUUCAGAUGAUAAUUCUUACAGAGGAGGAGAAAAAAAAUGGCAUUUCGUUGUCCAUUGAAUGCAUCACCUUGACUGAAAACAAAGAAAUCUCAUUAAAUCAAAACUCUUUCUGAAAACCUGGGAUAGAGAGUCACUCCCGCUGUGGAGGGAGGACCCAGCCCUCUGUGGUAAGGUAGAGCCGCUGAGACCGUUUCUGGCAGCAUUUUUUUACAUGCUCUCAUUUUGAUUUCUUUCCCUUUUUUGUCAGGGUGUGUCUCUCUCUAUCUCGGGCUCUCCCUGACUGCCCGUCUCUUUCUUUGCACACACACACACACACAAAUUCUUUUCCCAUCUUUCAGGACAGAAAAAAAACAACCCUUAGUGGCCCUGGGUCUGUGGAGUCACCGUGGUUGUGAUUGCCAUUGUUUUCCGGUGUUACUGUUGUCGGUGUUCCUCUUUGUGUUGUGUGGCAGUGUCUGUAGCUGCACUUCUGAGGAGGAGAGUCAGUUUGCUAUAAAUGAACUUCCCCUGAAAUGGAGUCAGCCUCCUUUUCACUUCUCAUGUCACUAAUUUUAUUACAGACCGCCUCUAGCUAUUGCCUCUUUUUUUUUCCCUAAGGCUUCCUUGUCAGAAAAGUCUCCUACACCAACAAUGGCAAGGUAGGGAUUGCAGAGUGCUGUCUAAUCCAUUAUCUUCCACCUCCAGCGGCUGUGACCCCCUUAGUUCACCAGCGGCCCCGGGAUUAGGAUUUCUUGGGAAAACGUGUGGGCUGAACUGGAUCCGAUGUCCACCCCUGCUUCCUAACAUCUUAGCGCAAGAGCUUGCUCUUCGGAAGUGAUCUGAGAGGCCACUUCUUCCUUAAGACAUAAAAAGAGGCAAAAAGAAAGUAUUUCUUUAAAGUGAGAGACAACAACUCUUUGUGCAGCGUCCCGUGUCACAGAAGUCCCUCAUCCAUGCUACUCAUGUGGCUGGGACUGAAAAGUACAUUUGAUGAUGGCUGUUAAAAGGUGAUGAGGAUACUGCAGGAAGUCAGAAAAGAGGAUGGCAGGAUAUGAACCUGGAUGCUCACCCCUAGUUUCAAAGCUGGCCUGUUCUUGUUUUUUGGGUUUGGGUUUUUUUUUUUUUUUUGGAUGUGUAUGUUUUAAGGAGUUUAAUGCUCAUGAGUUAAACAUUCCUGUUGCAAAGGCAGUUGGGAUUACCUGAAAAAUAAAUUAAUUCUGAGAAGCAAGUAGGAGUUCCUCAUCGCUUACGUCUUCCCUUUCCCUGCUCUCCUCCCCAUCUCACAAGUCCAAGCCCAUUGUAACAGGAAUAAUAAUUUGUGAAGACCCAUGAAGCUGUAGCUACAUUGUUCCACUUUGAGCCUUUUUGAUGACACUCAGUUAAUCAUCCCAAAACUCAAGACAUGAUUCCACAUCCUGGAUGGAGACCCUAAAUUAUCUAGCCCUUUAAUUUCCAAACCUGUUCAUUCUACUAAGGACCCACUGAGGUCAUUCACACCUCUUUACUGCCCUCUGAACUCUGCCUGCCUUGAGUGCUUCAUAAUCAGGUGGCUUCUUCAGGAAUCUCCGUGAUGCAAGACCUCAUCCUUGUGCACCUGUUGAUGUUUGCACUUAAUUCAAAGCCAUUCUCUCUCUGGCCACCUGAUAUUUGUUGAGGAUAAUGAUAAGGCAAGAAUAUACAUCUCUGAAGAGGUUCUGUAUGUCUGAAGAGAGGGAGGAGGAAAAUCCGUGAAGGGAGCUCACCCUGAAUUAUUUAAAGUCAUUGCUUGGUAGAAUGGCUGUGCUCUUGUCAUCCUUCCUGAAGUGAAGGGCUCGGAGGACUACGGAAAAUGUGGGGACCAUGUGUACUAUAUAAACCAAAGACUGAUCACCAUCCAAAUGGACACAUGUUUCUUCCAGCGACUAGUUUAAUUUCCUCCCAAUGUUCUCAUCAGAAUAAGUGAAGGUGGUUUGCUUGGUCCAAUCAAACUGUGCAUCCUUAGGGGUUUUCUCUUGCAGGCUGGUGACUGACCUUAUUAAAUCCAGAAAUUUAAUUUUUAAAAAAAGCACCAUGGCCUUAGUACCAUACCAUCUUGAAAGUCUAGUGUUUAGUCCCCUUUGCCCUCAAAAGUUUUAGACAAACCUAGCGCUUUAUCAAACUCAGAAUAUUGUUCUCUUUGAGAAUGUGAAGAUUUUUAAAUAGCCAAAGAAUUUUCAUGUAUAAGAGCUAGUUAAUUAUAGCAUAUCCCACUCAUUUGAAGAAAAUACCAAACUAUUGCCUGUUGAACUAGCUAGUAGAGUCGUGGAAGAAAGACUCCCAACAGAGGGACUUUUCAGUCUGUGUUUGUGUUGGCGUCUGGUGGUACCUGGUGUUCAGCUGGAUGUUAUUGCAAGAGGGCAGGGUGCCCUCUGCUGGAAUUAUCGCCAUUAUUCUUUCAGCCAGCUAAUUUGACCAGGGUCCCCAUUUCCUCAGCAAGUGGUUAUUUAUUUGCCUUUCAUCAUCCACUUUCCUCAGUAGUUGAGAAUUUGGUCCACGUUUGUCAAAAAGAGGAAGGGAUGUCACAAACCCUAAAAAGUUGGAGGAGGACCCCAUGGAAGAUCUCACUGUCAGCAGCCCCUUUCUUCUGCAAAACGUUGGGAAAAUGGUGUUUGCUCUGUUUGCAAAAGAUGAUGCCUCUGGCUGGAAUUGUGUGCUCUAAUUGUUUUGUAACGUAUCUCGACCUUUUUUCUUGUCAAAUUGCAAAAGAAGAUCAAUAAACAGACUUCUUUCUUAUGAAUGUAAA